CCAAAAAAUUGACCCAACAACAACAGCUAAUUAUACAUUCAUACCUCUCUAAACCCCUUUAUAAAUCCACCAUUAACCCUUCUAAUUCCCAACCCACCACCCCUCAAAUCUCAAAUCCCUUCUCCACACAGAAAUUAAAAACCCUUCCUUUCAAAUCUUCAGCUUCGUUACAUUUUUCCUUCUCAACCAAAAAAUGGCCCAAGUGAGCUUCUCGAAGGCAGCUGCCCUCUCCAUGAUCCUGCUGGUGGCGUCUCUGUUCGCCAUUGUCUCCAGCCAGGAAAUGGCGCCUGCUCCGUCGCCGCCGCUGGUCACCGGAGAUGGGUUCUCUGUUCCUGUCUCCGGCGCCGUCGCUGCCGCCUCUUUGGCCGUGACUCUUAUGGGUUUGUUGAAGUUGUAGAGAGUAGAGGAUGAAUUGAUGAUUCUUCCCUUCUCCCCCUGCUUCUUCGUUGAUUCAUUUAUCUGCAAAUUUUACUCUUUUUUUUUUUUUUUUUUUUGGGUUUGGUUUCGAUCCAUGUUGAGUUUGUAUCGGUUGGUUGUGGGUUUGAUUUUGUGGGAGUUUUGAUUGCGAGACACAUUAUUGUAUAAUAGUAAUCCCAUGUAUUAUAAUAAUAUGGAUAUGAUAUGACUAUUUAUUCAUUGUGUAUAGUAAUGAAGUAAUGACUAAUGACUUCAACGAUGAUGUUUUCAUUACUUUCCUAACUUGUUACCAUCACUCAUUAUGCUGCGAUAAUUGAAAAUUAAUAAGUACUUAACGGAUGUUGAUCGCGAGAAGUACGGCAUUCUAAGGCAUUUUCGCUUUAUUUAUAAAAAUGGAACUCUGACGAGUAAAACCAUUGUUGUAAUUUACGCGCUCAAACAUUUUACGUUAUAACUGUAGCGGCCAUGUCGGACUUACUCUGUAUACGUCAAUAUUGCAAUCGUCAUGUAUAAAUGUUAUUUUGGAUCAUGGGGGAACAACUGAUUCUUAGAUAAUUAUACUAGGAGGUCAGUCCAACAAUUUAAGCGAUACGAUGAUGUUAAUUAAUAUGGUAUCUCAUACCGAUAGACAAAUAAUUUUUGGAUUAUGUAAUGUUGGAUAUUUACCAAAUGAUUCAAUCUCUGAACCAAUACCAUAGUUGUUCUUGUAGUAAGAUGUAGGGUUAAUACUUUCGUAUGACCUGCAUUUUGAUCAAAAUAAACAUCCUGGCCAAUCUUUUCGAUCUAUAACAUCCUGGCCCGAACUAUACACCAAAAUAAACAAUUUGGCCAGAUCCGACUUUUGACCGUUAACUUGGACGAUCAAACGCGUUGACCGUUAGUCAACGCGCCAUGUCACUGCCAAGUCAGCAUAAAAUAUUUAAAAUAAUUCACAAUCUCCACACAUUCCCUAAUUUUAAAUUACUAUAAAUUAAAAAAAUCAUCUAAUACCUUAGUUAAACCAAAAAUAAACAACGAAAAAAAAUAAAUAUUUAUCGGAUCUUCUGACUUGGCAGUGACGUGGGGCGUUGACCGUUAGUCAACGCGUUUGACCGUCCAAGUUAACGGUCAAACAUCAAGUUUGGCCAAAUUGUUUAUAUUGGUGUAUAGUUCAGGCCAGGAUGUUAUAGAUCGAUAAGAUUGGCCAGGAUAUUUAUUUUGGUCAAAGUUCAGGCCAUACGAAAAUAUUAACUCUAAGAUGUAAUGAUAUCUUUGUACAACAUUGAGUAGUUGGAAUGUCAUAACAAUGUAUAUGACUUUUUGGAACAAAAAAAGCUAUGAUGAAUAAAAUUGAUGACUAUCAUAAAUGUAGUUUUGGAAAAUAAGCUAACGUAUGAGUUUUCUUGUUGACUACCAUAAAUAUAGUUUUGAAAGUACCCUCUGAUUUUUAAACAAUAACUUUGUUAGGUUGUUGCUUUUGUUGACAUUAGGGUGAAAUUGCAGGGUUAUUUUACAUUGUAGAAUAUAGUUUUUUUUUUAAUUCUACCUCACACAUGUUUAUGUUGUACUGUACACUAAAAAACAUUCAAAGUUCAU